AUGUCCAGGCAGAGUCUGCUUUCCUUGGACAAGUUUCAAUACCUCAAUGCACCAAAACUUGAAGAAAUCAUUAUACACGACGACUUUGAAUGCAUGUUUAGGUGUCUUCACCAUCCUCUGUGUGUUUCCGUAAACGUGGUUGCCAAAGGUGAACUGUGGUGUGAGUUAUUGUCAGCUUAUGAGAACAACAAUCCUAUCGAGUACAAAGAAACCAAGAAUUUGCAUCAUUAUCACUUUUUGGUACGAGACUAUCUUCAUCUUUUACUCAAAAUGAUACCUUGUUUGCAUCAAGUCCAAAUGAAGAUUUUUCCUGGACCAUGUCUUACAUGGUUAGCGAGGAAAAUACAAAUGCAAGGGGAAAAAUAUUACUCACUAACACGAGGCUAAGCUAUAGAAGGUCAUGACCUAUUAAAUUUCUCGUUCAUUUUUAUCCAUUGCAUUCUAGCCAGUUCUACAGUGUUGUUAUGAUGAAAAAAACAUGGGUACAACUGUUUACAUUCAUCGAUUUAAGGGAUUCCUGUUUUUCUCUGCGUUUUAGUUUUAAUUUAGAGUUUUUGUGUUUGGAAGGAGGGGUCUCAAAAUGACCUCAUAUUUUCAGAAUGGAGAAGGCUUAUAGGGUAGAAGUUAAUUGCCUUACUAUAGCUUUAAGGGUUAAUAUUUAUUUAUUUAUUUAUUUCUGCUUUAGAAUGCUUGUCUAAAAAAUCCCUGCAAAAACAACUCUACUUGCCAAAAUGAUCUUACUGAGAAAGGUUAUAUCUGUUUGUGUUCAACUGGGUUCAUGGGCCCAACUUGUGAAGAAGGUAAGACACGUUUCAUUAUUAAAAAAAACCAAAAGUACAAAAACAAACAAACAAAAACACGUGAACAUCUCAGUUCGUGACGUAUUACUGGAAAAUCCCAGGUUUAAUACCGAGGGAUCUUACAUGUGCACAUGUAAACCAGGACGCCAUGGAGAUGGAUUGACGUGCGAGGGUAAGACACUCAAAGUAUGAGUAAUCUAAUGACUUAGCCCGAGCGCUGAUCCUUUCUAAUCUAAUUGAGUUAGCAUGGUAAUUAUCAAUCAAAAGUGUGUCUACAACUAAGAGUGAGGGUUGUUCUGUGAGAAUACCGUUCCGAGAUUUCCACAGGUGUUUCGUUCCCUGCACACCACGAAGUUUUUUUCGCCUCCCCUCGCUUCGCCCAAGUUCAUUUUAUGUAAUAAGUAAAAGAUUAAAAUAAACUUAUUAGGAUAGCUUCUCGAGCUGCCAGUUUCACUCAAAAACGACAUUCGAAUAGCUUACAUUUGCUGAGUAAAAGUUCUUCAUCAGUUUUAAACUAAAUCUUACCUAUCCUAAGUAGUAUGAGUAUUAAGGCAUCAUCAGAUUCGGGUGGGUAUAAAAUUAUACAAAUGUACCUCAACAAUACGAGAAAUGCCUUUGUAAUUCUAUACUUUAUCUUGUUUUAGGUCCUUUCUCCUCGUGUUCAGAAAUUUACAAAAGUCAAAGGUACAUAGAAAUUUAUAAUUCUUUUUAGCUUAGGGUUAGGGUUAGGUUGAAAAAUCCUAAAAAUAAACCGAAAUGUUGGUGAACGUCUUGUCGUAAGAGUAAAAUUGAAAUUAUACAAUAGAACCUUACCUUAACAGUCCUUUAGACACAGUGAAAACCGGCCAUUUUACAAUGAAGGCCGUCAUAGAGGGGUUGAUGCAGCAUUGCAUCUGUUUUUACAAAAAAAACAGCUCCUAUUUGUAUUUUCAUGUUGGCUUGGUGAGUUUGUCAAAGUUCCCUGCACGAGCCCUUUUACUCAUUUUGUAAAUGUAUUCAUCAUUUCUUAGAUUUCAGGUAUACUUUACAGACCUUAAAAAGCUUUGCUAUGUAAUAAAUCUACUUUUGUAUAUGAAACAUUUAAAAUGCUAACCAUAACUCAGGCUGAAAAAAACCGCACAGCCCUGUGCAGUGUGAGAGAAUAGAAUAAAGGCAUGAAAGAAAGAGCCACACUCGGUCCCUAUGUCAUGAUCUACAGCCAAUUUUCCCGUCCGGCCCUACCAACUAGUUCAUAGUAACAUGGUUAUUACUCCAAGUUAAUCAAUAAAUAAAUGAAACAAAUAACUAACAAGUAGAAAAAACGGCUUAACUUCAGUUCACAGGAAAAUAGAGCUUAUCAACUUCUACUAGAUCAUGCGAAGGUCAAUAUUUACUGUCACAUGACUGAUGACCUUGACAGCUGCGGGGGUGGUGGAUGGACGAUGGUAAUGAAAAUGGAUGGCUCAAAGGUAUCGUGCUUCUCGUCUCUAUUAAACUUGAGCCAAAUGUUCUACUUAAAAGGGAAAAUUCAACGAGUGACCUGUUGAGAAAAUGAGCUGUCAUCAAUAUGCGCUAAAUACCAUAUCUUAAUGUAUAUCAAGAUAAUUGGAAAUUGGCUACCGGCCGUAAGGAGUUUCAAGACUGACGUAAAACCGACAGACACUUUUCCCUUUACAAUCUUCCUUGCAAAGGGUGAUAUGACCAAGGUUUAUCCUCAAACAUUGGCUGCGUAAACUAAUCGUGAAAUUGCAAAUUCAUGAAUGAAUUCAGACGAAUUUUAUUCGAAACCAGUUAACCAUCCUAAAUCUUUAGCUUCAAUAUUCAUUCACCUGAAAGACUGACGCAAAAGGAGCCGGAAAACUAAAAAACAACAAUAAUAAUGACAACCUAGAGGCUCAAUGCCGAAGGCUUCAAAUUCACUUAAACUAGACAGAUCACUUUCCCCGCUCUUGCUGUAAAAACAUUUCGCAUUAUUCUACCCGUUUUGGUUCUAAAAAUUAUCUGCAUAUGGAUUCAACCAUCAUUCAAUUAGUUUCAAAUUUUCCAUCUACAUAGCAAACCUUCGACUAUAAUUCGGAACUUUGGAUUAACACUGAUGACUUCAAUCCUCAAGGUGGGGAGACUGGGUUUGACUUAAAUGAGACCAAGCUACCGACUUACUGGAACACAUCGUUCUCUAAGAUCUGUCUUGGAAUGAAGCUCGGCGAUCUUUUAAGGUUCACUGUCAUCAAAAAGGAAGCCAGUUCUUUGUACUCACUGAUCGCUGACGGACAAUAUCGUGAAACAUCACUGGGUCGUGACACAUGGAAGUCGCUGAUUGGCUCCGAAGGGUUCAAUGCUGUGGUUAAAGAUCAGCUUUCCAAAGCAAGAAUUGGUAUCAUUGCCAAUAACCAAAAUGAUUGCAAAUCCUGUGAUUCCAGAAUUGGCUUUGGCACAGGUGGCUCUCCUGACCACUCCAACACGUGUGGGAACACUGCAAAACACGCAGGGGAUAAUGGAGACAAACACAUCAAAGCCCUGGGCUACAUCUUGGUUCAGUGA